AGUGAAUUACACUUUGAAAGUUCCUUCUUUGUGCUUUGCCUUGUGUCUUCAUCAUUAACGUGAAAAGCGUAUCUUUAGUGGUAGUCAUCCACUCGAGACCCGGAGCUGUGGAGGGACAUUCAGGCGAAUGUGCGCAAAAUGGACGAUCUCUACGACGCGACCUUCUACACAUGGCUGCGGUCUGAGGACAAUGUCCUGGUCACUGCGUCGUAUCUGCAGCGGCUCGCGGGCGAAUACGACCUCGACCGGAUCGAACAUGCAUUGUGUUGGCUGGUCAACGGAUGGCGACUCGAGUCCAUUGCUAUCCUUGUCAAACAGGUCACCUUCGACUGGGUACUUACUAAAGGAGACCAAGGUGAGUUGAACAGAGCGAGGCUGGUGCUGGCAUUGACGGACAACUGGGCCAUCCAGUACAUCGCCCGUCUAGCAUGCACCCUCCUCACCAGUGCCACCGUCUCGUCACCCCCACCACCAUCGCUGCUAAAGCUCUCGCCCUCCCACUCACGCAUGCCAUCCCUGCCUGGUUCCCCGGUCUAUUCCCCUACCGUCAGCAUCUCCACGCUCAUGCUUGGCGCAGACGGCCACUCGUAUGGAUCAAAUUUGACAAUGGCAUCCCGUCCUUCCACCCCACCAUUGUCUACUCGGCCUGCGACCUCUUCAUCCCCGUCAUCGCCCUCGUCCUCCAUGGUUACCUCGCCCGUCUUCUCGGGGUAUAGCCCUCAACCAACACAUGGCCGGCGCAUGGCCAUCUCCAGGAGAUUAGGCUCGCCCAUGCCCAUGCCCAUGGCCUCAGCUGCGGCAGAAGACACGGCCCUGCAUCUGGGACGGCACAGCUCUGCGACCGGACCGCUCUCACCAGCACCCCAGCGAGCUGGCCACUUCCGUCAGAGCUCAUCGACUACCCCUACACAGCACCAACGGCACCAGGAUCAUACCCAGCAGUCAACUCCAUUACACUAUCCAUCCUUUACAGCCACUCCAGUCUCGGCCGCAACAUCAGUAUAUCCGUCCCCACCACAACAUCCAACCUAUCACCCACACCACUGCACCCUUUCACAUCAUAACCACUCGCCAUUGUUGCAGCAACAGCAACAGCAACAGCAACAGCAACAGCCGCACCCACAUCGUGGCAUCGUUCAUACAUCUCGUAGCCACGGAUCAAACCCCCAUGUUCGUCAGCAGUCGCAGCCGGGAACUAUGUCGACCUCGAAACAACAUUGGCUACAGCAACAGUCGUCUUAUUCAAACAGCCCAAUCUUUUACAUGAACAAGUCACUGUUUAUGGAGGAGCUUUCCAGGAAGUGGAGCUUUUGUCGACUGUCAGAGUUCUUCCAGUGCAUGGAUCCAGCAUCGGGAAUUAGUCAUCGAUUCAAGUGCAAACUGCUGAAAGAGAGUGCGCUGAAGGAGGAAACAAGCCAGAAGCAGCAACAAUCAGCAGUGGCGUCCAAGCAGACCCCAAAGGCGGCAACGGCGACUCAACAGCGGCAGCGCCAUGAGCCAGAGCAAAGCAAGCAGACCGAAGGCAGAGAUACGGAAGGCAAUGUUCAAGUAGAGGAUAGGCCGUUGUCGCCAAUGGACCAUUCGCCCUUGGAGGUUCCUGUAAAUGGUAACCUGGAUCAGACAGGCGAUGUGGUCAUGAUAGAGAGUGCCGGCAAUGAGACGCAGUCGAAUGUCGGCUGCUCAACACUGUCCCGCACAUCAUCGUCGUCUCUCCAGUCGGCAGUCAUUGGUCAGGAAAUGGAGGACACUCGUGAAGCCAUAUGCCUACACCCAUUCGACAGCUCAGCAGAAGUCAUGGCACCAACAACAGCCAACAGCACCCGGACAACAUCGGUGCCAGCGUCUACCUCGCUCAAUGCAUUCCAACUCCAGCAGUCAUACCAACAUACGGACUAUAAUGAUGAUAUGAACUCUGGACUGAACCGUGGAUGCAAGGGCACGGAUGGAAGCCAUCAGCAUUGUCGGGCCCAGACGGUUGAGGCAAUCAUGUCCAGCACUCUUGGAGCGACGGGAUCCCAUCUCUCCUCCUCUCCAUCUCUUUUGUCCUCGUCCUCUGCACCGUCCCCGACAUCAACAUCAGCUGCGUCUGCAUCACUGUCGACGUUGACACUAACAGAGUCUGGCAUGGAGCAAACUUCGAGGCCGAUGUCGCAACCACGUUCGCAGCAGCACCAGCAAUCGCUGUCGCCUUUUGCCACGAAUUUCACGACCCAGCCCCUCUAUCGCCACGCGACCACACUCUCGGUAUCACCCGUUUCAUCGUCAACGAUCUCAUCGAACUCGUCUUCAACUUCUGCAGCAACAACGUCGGGCUCGUCCACCUUGAGCAUUCAUCCCAAUGGAAGUCAGCGCCAUACCCAUGACUCGACUUCGACCAAGAGAAAGAACUCUCUUGGAGUCGGCUUGACGCCACAAGCGCACUGCUCCUCGUUUUCGUCCACAUCGUCUUCGUCCGCAGCAACGCACUCAUCUGCGGAUGCGUCCAUGUCAUCAUCCUCGGCCAUCUUCCCUGGUGCUCGCCGCACGAGCACGAGCACAAGCACUACGAACGAGGACUUGAAGCGAUUGAGGUGCAGUCGACAGAACAGCGCCUCUUCUACGUCGGGUAUCUAAGAGAAAAAAAAAAAAAAAAAAAAAGACCAUGAUACCACGCCAGAAGUCCAGAACGACUCGGCGUUAUUUUUCCUUUCCUUAUCCCGCGCAUUUUUGCAUUCUUUCUGAUCAUCAUCUUCAUUGUUAUAUCCCUUUAUCCCAUAUUUUGUAAUAUUUUUGCACGGUUGUGUUUUAUUUAGUCUAGUAACUAUAGCAAAGUACUACAAAUAAUGAGUAGUGUUUUUUAUCUACACCAGACUUGCAUCCU